AUGGAAACCAUCCAUCGAUUCUCGCUUCGUCUCGGCCCGAUUUGUCUAGCUACCGCCCCGAUAUUUCUGAACUCCCGAAUCAUCUCUUUGAAUCCCGGACUUCCAAACCCGGAUCCAGUCUUCAACACCCAUUUCACGAUCCGGAAAAAGUUCAGCUCAACCUCUUCUCCCGUCGCCAAAGCCGGUUGGCUUCUGGGUCUCGGAGGAGAGAAGAAGAAGAAGAGCAUCAGCAUGCCCGAUAUAGUGAAAGCAGGUGACCCGGUUUUGCACGAACCGGCCCGAGAUGUUGAGCCCGGGGAUAUUGGGUCGGAGAGGAUCCAGAAGAUAAUUGAUGAUAUGGUGAGGGUGAUGCGGAAGGCUCCUGGGGUCGGUCUUGCCGCUCCUCAGAUUGGAAUUCCCUUGAGGUGCAUUGAGUGCCCUUUAACUCCACAUCACCUUGCCAGUGAAUCAGUUUCUGUUGCCAUUGCGAAUCUAUCGGCGGAGCCCCAAAUCACCCACUUUGACAAAUCCAGUUCCACCGAAUCAACCUCCCUCCCUCCAAAUUGA